AAUAAUAACGACAAACGCUGCCAUGUCGGUGUUGUCUCUCGCCAUUCUGCUGUUGGCCAGAGUGUUUACCGUUUCUGCAGCAGGCAACUGUGAAGUGUGUGUGGACUUUCUCUACAGACUGUAUGGCAGUCUGACGUCAGCCCACAGUGAACUCACUUCUUCUCUGGUGGAGGAAGAGCUGAUCCAGGCCUGCACUGUUGCCCAGGGGAAGGAAGCAAGGCUGUGUUACUACCUGGGAGCCAGUAGUGAUGCAGCAACCCGCGUGACAGCAUCAGUGUCUCAACCUCUGGCCUCCCAUGUCCCCGUUGAGAAGAUCUGCCAGCGCCUCAGCAGCGGAGACACGCAGAUCUGUCAGCUCAGAUAUGAGCCUCACCUCAAGGAUCUGAGCAGCGACGAGCUCAAAAAGCUGAAAGUCUUGGAGCUGAGGAACAUUUUAACCUCAUGGGGUGAAGAGUGUAGAGGCUGUCUGGAGAAACAUGAGUUUGUCAGCCUCAUCCAAGAGAAAGCACCGCUGCAUGCUCACAGUAUGGAACUAUGAAUAGUAACUCCUGCCCCUUCUCAUCCAUACUGCAAAAAGUCAGUUCACUCAUUUCUCUCACUUCAUUUUCAAGAAUAUGCACACUGCAAUCAUUAACUGCACUGUUCCAUACCACAACUCACAAGAAACAUCGGUUUGUUUUCCAAGCUGAAGGUAGUUAUACAUCCUGGGGAGAACAUUCUUUCUUCAUUUUUCUUUAGAGUUUUGAAAUGUAGUUUGAUUAUGAUUGAUUAACAUUUCCUUUGAGGCACAUUAUGCAGCUUGACAGAUGACAUGGUGGGAAAAAUAAUCAUUUGAACGCAUGAUUUACUAACUCAUGCUCCCACCUUACUUAACUUAUUAUCUAUUUUGACUAAUGUGUACAGCAGGCACACCAAUAGCAGCGUUAAUUCUUUUGUCCAUAGAAUGUCAAAAAUAGUCCAAAUGACCAUUAUUGUAAAUGUAUCCAGAGGCAAACGUGAGAUUAAUAUGUGUGUGUUUUGUCAAUAACAGUAAUAUAAAACA